UUGUGUUGUUGACAGAAUGAGUCGUGGUGAAGUAAUUACAUGUUGUGUUGUGUUAUACAUAAUGUGCUUAGGGGUUUAUUCAUUGGAUACAAAUGUUUCUACUAGUCCAUCUACUGAAGAACCUGUUCAAACUCAAAAAGUUCCAAUCCAUCCCACACAGUCGAUUCCAACUCAAAAAGUUCCACUCAACCCCACACAGUUGACGUCUAGUGUUACCUCCUCUCCGUUGUCUCCCAGUAAGACCCAAGUCCCUUGUACAUCAGGUAUAUCAAACAGUUCAUCAUCAUCAUCAUCAUUAUUAUUGCCUACUCAUUCCCCUACUCCUACGGUCGCGACUAAUACUAGUUCCAAUCUUUCAUUAGCGACUCCAACGCCAUUGCCUCCGACUUCUCCAACUCCAACUCCUUCGCAAAAAGGUGCAGCAAAUCAUAACUCAACUGGUUUCAAUACUACAUGCUGCAGAAUAACGGGUGAGAUUUACGAACUCCGCUUUAAUGCAUUAGGAGACCCAUCUCUGAAUGCCUCCACUAAAAUGGUCAUUUUUGGAAGCUUUGUAUCACCACAGUUUUUAAACAAAAAUCAGACACUACCUUGUGUGGCAAUGCUUCCUCCCCCUGAGUUGGUAAACACAGGAAAUUCUAUUUCUUGUGAUGUGACUUCUGAGACCUUAUUGACUUGUCAUCCGAAUCCUCCCGGAGUAUCACCUGGUAACUGUCUCAAUGCAACCUCGUGUCGAGUAUUGGGAGAAACAUUUGCAUUGACCUUACUCGGAGAAAAUAUAAUGACUCAAAGCGGAAGACUCGAGACACAAAUAUUGGAAGAAGUUUCAGCAGGAGUUCUAUGUGCUUACUAUCCAGUGAAUAUUACUCAAUACUCUGGAAAAGGAUAUUGGAUUCAAAGGGAAAUUGGAAGCUCUCUUGAUGUCGAGUUUUUGAAAUUAGGGUUUUAGAAGCAGCUCACUCGUCGAUGUUCGUCUUUAGUUGAUCACUAGCAAAACAGUCGUCUAAAAUAUCAUGCGAUGUCCUAAUACAACCAACUCUGAAAAUAAAGUCUUUUUCUUUACCAGAAUUACCAAUUUGAUAUUCAAUGGUAUAAUAACAUGUUCUUCUGUCGUACCACAUCUGCUGAAUUUACGACAAAUACCUAAAAUUGACUACCAGCUCCAAACAUUGCCUACGGAUAUUCUUCUUAGUGAUGGUUUUUUCAUCAUAGUCUUAUUGCAAACAGCUUCAUCUACUAUAUAAGAAACAAUUGGAAUAUUCGAUGCGGAUUUGAAGUUUUCCCCUAACUGGUUUCUUCGUCUUCUCUACUUCGUUUGUAUUCUACAUCGUGUCUGUCUCAAAAUUGGUUGAUAAAAUGCUCCUUUCUCUCUCUCUCAUACACACACAAAGACCUAAAUACUGCAAAGUAAGUUUGAGGUAACUAAUAUGCCAAUCGACAAUCAAGAACUAUCAAACAAAUGUUGUACUGCAGCAAAUAUUUUGUUGAGUGAACAGUUUGGUACAAAAAUUUCACAGUUUGUACUUUAGUUUGUUGCGAAA